AUGUAUCAAUUCGUCAUUACUCUUUGUAUUAAGUAUUCAGAUUUUGAUAUAUUAGCAGCGGUAGGGAUUCAAUUUGCAGAGAACCAAUUAAAACCUGACAGCUCAGCUAAAGUGGCCCCACCAUCAAAGUUCGUCCUGUACCGAGUAAGAAAGGGUUGUGGCCGACUGACGGUGGGGGGUGAAUGGUGCCGUGGAGUGUUAGGUCGGUGGUGUGAGGGACAUUUGGGAGACAGCAACUUUGAUUUUGGCCCACUUGAGCCGAGUUUCUUUACCGGUGAGAAACAGCAGGAACAAGAGGACAGAGAGAAGAGAGGGAUUUGCAGGCCAGCCCUCUUCAAGAAAUCAAUGAGAAGGUAUAAUGUGGCAUGGUGGGCUUACUCUUUCCCCAUAACAGUGCUGGCUCUAGCUUCAACAAAAUAUGCACAGCAGGUGAAUGGUUGGGUAGCUCAGGCCAUAACGUUCAUUCUCUCAGCCCUAUCUGUUCUGGUCGCUGCUGGUUUGCUGGUUUUCACUGCACUCAACACUAAAAUUUUUUUACCUGAUGAUGAUCCCAUCCUCAAUCUUCCUAGUCAUUCACCAAGAGCAACGUGA